UGGCGCUGGAAAGUGGUGAGCGGCCGCAGGCUCCGGAGGCCAGCGGCAGCCGGACCUCGCCGCACUUGCCCACUAGCCGUGAGCUCUCAGCCUCGCCCUCUUCGCUUCUGCUCUGCCUGUCACCGCCAUGGCCCAAGCUGACAUUGCACUGAUUGGAUUGGCCGUCAUGGGCCAGAACUUAAUUUUGAACAUGAAUGACCAUGGCUUUGUGGUCUGUGCUUUUAACAGGACAGUCUCCAAAGUUGAUGAUUUCUUGGCCAAUGAGGCCAAGGGAACCAAAGUGGUGGGUGCGCGGUCGUUGGAGGAGAUGGUCUCCAAACUGAAGAAGCCCCGGCGCGUCAUCCUGCUGGUGAAGGCUGGCCAGGCCGUGGACGAUUUCAUUGAAAAACUGGUACCAUUGCUAGAUGCGGGUGACAUCAUCAUUGAUGGAGGAAAUUCUGAAUAUCGGGAUACCACAAGACGAUGUCGAGACCUCAAGGCCAAGGGAAUCCUGUUUGUGGGGAGUGGAGUGAGCGGUGGUGAGGAAGGGGCCCGGUAUGGCCCCUCACUCAUGCCAGGAGGGAACAAAGAAGCAUGGCCGCACAUCAAGACGAUCUUCCAAGACAUCGCUGCAAAAGUAGGAACUGGAGAACCCUGCUGUGACUGGGUGGGGGAGGAAGGAGCUGGACACUUCGUGAAGAUGGUGCACAACGGCAUAGAGUAUGGCGACAUGCAGCUGAUCUGCGAGGCCUACCACUUGAUGAAGGACGUCCUGGGCAUGGGGCAUGGGGAGAUGGCCCAGGCAUUUGAGGAAUGGAACAAGACAGAGCUGGACUCGUUCCUGAUUGAAAUCACUGCCAAUAUUCUCAAGUUCCAAGAUACUGAUGGCAAACAUCUGCUGCCAAAAAUCAGGGACAGUGCAGGGCAGAAGGGCACCGGGAAGUGGACGGCCAUCUCAGCCCUGGAGUACGGCGUUCCAGUCACCCUCAUUGGAGAAGCUGUCUUUGCCCGGUGCCUGUCGUCCCUGAAGGAUGAGAGAAUUCAAGCGAGCCGAAAGCUGAAGGGCCCCCAGAAGGUCCAGUUUGCAGGUGAUAAGAAGUCAUUCCUGGAGGACAUUCGAAAGGCCCUGUACGCAUCCAAGAUCAUCUCCUAUGCGCAAGGCUUUAUGCUGCUCAGACAGGCAGCCACCGAAUUUGGCUGGACCCUCAAUUAUGGCGGCAUUGCCCUGAUGUGGAGAGGUGGCUGCAUCAUCAGGAGUGUAUUCUUGGGAAAGAUAAAAGAUGCCUUUGAUCGAAACCCAGCGCUUCAGAACUUGCUGCUGGACGACUUCUUUAAGUCGGCUGUUGAAAACUGCCAGGACUCCUGGCGGCGGGUGGUCAGCACCGGGGUCCAGGUGGGCAUUCCCAUGCCCUGUUUCACCACUGCCCUCUCCUUCUAUGACGGAUACAGACACGACAUGCUGCCAGCCAACCUCAUCCAGGCUCAGCGGGAUUACUUCGGUGCUCACACCUAUGAACUCUUAGACACCCCAGGACAGUUUAUCCACACCAAUUGGACAGGCCACGGUGGCAGUGUGUCCUCUUCUUCCUACAAUGCCUAACGGACCCUGGGCUCAUCUCCUGGUUCUGUGCUCCAGGACGACCCAGGGCCGCCCAGCACUCCUCACCUGGCCUUUUGCCCUCUUCUCUGCUCAGACUUUCAGCCCAGUGUUUGAGCAACUCCUGAAAAUUCACGCGGUUUAUUUGUAAAGUAGUUUCGAGAGCCACCGUGCCCUCUGCCCUUGCUCUCGGGACUGCCCAGGAGCUGGCCACGUGUGGCAGCGUGAACCACUCCUUGAAGCACCUGUUGCCAGAGGGAAGGGCCUGGGGGUUUGCGCAGACCUCCGUGCCCUGCGGUGGACUUCCUGUUCUCCACUUGUUAGGAGCUGCCUGGCGUUCGUGCUUUUUCUCACUCUCCGCCUCACCUUGGCCCCUGAGCUGCUGCCUAUUUGGCAGAAAGCUUUGCAGUGAUUUUAUUACAUUUGGAUCAAUUUUUUCCUUAUAGCCUUGUUAAUUUUUUCUCUUUUCUUGAAAAUAAAAGACUCCAGAAUAAUACAAGAAACACCAAAUCAAGAGUGACGAUCAUGUGUAGAGGGAGGAGGGUGGGAGUUCUGAGGGCAGGGCCUUCAGCGGUGGCUUUCCUUCUUGCCUUGGGCAACAGGUACAUGGAUGUUCAUUGCAGAUUCUUUU